CUUAAUAAUAUUUCUUUUGCCUUUGGCAUAUUUAUUGGUUCUCUCUCACUCUCUCUCCUCUUUUUUCAACUUUUUCUCCACAUUCUGAAAGCUUUUUACUUUGUUCUUAGUUCUUCUUCCUCUUCUUUAUUCUCUUUUGGUUCUCUCUUUGUUUUUUCAAAACCCUUUCUCUAAUCUCUAUCUCUCUCUGGUUCUCUGUGAAGCUCUCAAAGCUUCAACAAUGGCAGACAUAACCCACCUUCCCAUGGAACAGCUCCAAGACCUUGAAUACUGCAUAGACUCUAACCCUCCAUGGGGAAUGAAAUAAAGUUGAUCUGGAAUGGAGACUGGAUGAAUAGAAAUGCUAUAAAUAGGGAAGGGGAGAAAAAAAAAAAAAAAAAAACUACUGUAUGUGGAGAACUUUAGUGACCCAUGUGAGGAUGAAGAAGCAAGGUGUAGAUUGACAUUGUUUAAACAUCCUGAAAGAAAGUGACUGCGCCAAGGGGAAGCAGUGAGUCUGUGCCAUUUGAAUGUUGCUAGAAGGUGGAGAAUCGAGAUGAAAAGCCGAAACCAUUCUGUUAGCAUUUCAAAACUACAUAUUAGUGCUGGGCACAAGUGUAAUGAUCCCAACAGCGCUCGUCCCAUUUAUGGGUGGAACUGAUGGUGACAAGGCACGGGUGAUACAAACUCUGUUAUUUGUAGCUGGCAUUAACACACUUCUCCAAGCACUUUUUGGAACCAGGUUGCCAGCCAUAGUUGGAGGUUCCUUUGCUUAUGUAAUUCCCAUACUUUAUAUUAUAAGCGACUCAUCACUGCAACGAAUUACUGACUCUCAUGAUAGAUUCAUACAAACAAUGCGAGCUAUCCAAGGAGCUUUGAUUGUAGCCGCAAGCAUACAAAUCAUCUUGGGUUACAGCCAAGUUUGGGGUCUCUUUUCACGGUUUUUCAGUCCCCUUGGUAUGGCACCUGUGGUUGGAUUGGUUGGUUUGGGGUUGUUUCAACGAGGAUUUCCUGCGCUGGGUAAUUGCGUAGAAAUUGGGAUACCAACGCUAUUAUUGAUCAUUGGAUUGUCACAAUAUCUAAAGCAUGUGAGACCACUUAGGGAUGUUCCCAUUUUUGAGCGGUUUCCCGUGUUGAUAUGUGUUGCAAUCAUUUGGAUCUAUGCCCUUAUACUGACUGCAAGUGGGGCCUAUCGAGACAAACCUGCUCGAACUCAAGUUAGUUGCCGUACGGACAGAGCGAAUCUCAUAUCAGCUGCCCCUUGGUUCAAGUUCCCAUACCCUUUGCAGUGGGGCCCACCUACCUUUUCAGCUGGUCAUUCAUUUGCCAUGAUGUCAGCAGUUCUUGUGUCAAUGAUUGAGUCUACUGGGGCAUACCAGGCAGCAUCUCGUCUGGCAAUUGCCACUCCGCCUCCUGCCUAUGUAUUGAGCCGAGGCAUUGGCUGGCAGGGGAUUGGCAUUUUGCUUGAUGGUCUUUUUGGAACAGGCGCUGGUUCCACUGUAUCUGUGGAAAAUGUGGGGCUACUCGGACUGACUCGGGUUGGAAGUCGUAGAGUUGUUCAAAUUUCUGCUGGAUUCAUGAUGUUCUUCUCAAUCUUAGGAAAAUUUGGAGCUGUUUUUGCAUCCAUACCCUUCCCUAUAUAUGCUGCAUUGUACUGUGUCCUUUUCGGCCUUGUGGGUUCAGUAGGCCUAUCAUUUCUUCAGUUCACUAACAUGAAUUCAAUGAGAAACCUUAUUAUAACGGGGCUCUCGCUCUUUCUUGGGAUAUCUGUUCCUCAGUUUUUCAAUGGUUAUUGGACUGUUGAGGGUGGUCUUGUUCGCACCAAUGCUGGAUGGUUCAAUGCAUUCUUGAAUACCAUAUUCUCAUCUCCGGCAACGGUGGGAUUGAUCGUUGCAGUGUUUCUUGACAACACAUUAGAGGUGGAAAAGUCGAAGAAAGAUCGGGGGAUGCCAUGGUGGGUAAAGUUCAGAACAUUUAGAGGAGACAAUAGAAAUGAAGAGUUCUACACUUUACCAUUUAAUCUCAACAGAUUCUUUCCACCAACAUAACCAGCACAAUUCAAAAGAUCAUCAAACCAAAGCUAAGCUAGUUCCUUUUGUUGCUCAUGAUUCAAUUAACUUGGUGAACUAGUGCUAGCUCCUCUUACGCAUCAUCUCCAUUUUUUGUGGGCCAUGUGUAGCAAGGUCCAGAUAGAUUGUAGAGCUUUUUAUUCCAUGUUUGUAGGUUCUCAACUAUUAAAUAUAAUAAGAAAGGAAUUACGUCAAGUAUUUUUAAAUAUUCACUA